AUGUUGGGCCUGCUUCAGCGGCGGAGGAGCCCCUCGGGGUUCUCGCCGUCGUCGACGGCAGAGAAGGUCACCACCGGCAUCUGCGGCUCCGGCCUCGUCGCUAUCGUCACCGAUGCGUCUAGUGGGAUUGGAGCUGAAACAUGCCGGGUUCUUGCGGUGCGGGGCGUGCACGUCAUAAUGGGGGUGAGGAAUCCGUCUGCUGCUGAGCGUGUGAGGGAAGAUAUUCUGAGGCAAGUUCCUACCGCGAAGAUUGAGAUCCUUGAGGUUGACCUUAGCUCGAUGUCAUCUGUGAGAAGAUUUGUUAACGAGUUUAAUGCGCUGGACCUCCCACUGAACAUUCUUAUUAAUAAUGCAGGGAUCGCAUUUGUUCCUUUCAAGCUUUCGGAGGAUGGCAUUGAGCUGCAUUUUGCAACAAAUCACCUUGGACAUUUUUUAUUGACUCUUCUCUUACUCAAGAAGAUAAAAGUUACGGCUAAAGAGAGCAGCAUAGAAGGAAGGGUUGUGAUAGUUGCUUCAGACAGCUACAAGCACCCAUAUCGAGAGGGAUUUCGUUUUGAUAAGAUCAAUGAUGAGUCUGGCUAUAACAGCAUAUUAGCUUAUGGCCAGUCCAAGCUUGCCAACAUACUGCAUUCUAGUGAAUUGUCUAGCCGCCUGAAGGCUCCUCGACGUGAAGCUUCUAUACUCUUCCCUAACUCUAUCGAUGGAUUUCCAUAUUAUAGAUGUCAUGCCAUAACAAGAGCAGGCUGGCAACAGGCUAUAUGGCAAGUUAGAUUAAUAAGGAUAGAUAUCGGCUUAACCAGUUGGUUUGUCUUUGGGUGCCCAAUGAAGCAGGCGGAGGCGGGUCAAGGGGGCAAUGAGCCGAGACCGAGGAGACCUGUAAGGUCAGCAGCCAAGGAGAACAAAGAACUCAUGAGGAGCAACAAUCAUUGGCAGUCUGCGGUCACAAAGGUGGAGUAG